AUGGCUGUAACGCCGCACGUUGCACAGCGACAGGAAGCCUUGAGGCAGCUCGAGAGAUUGCCUCACGACGUACUUAGUGGUAUGCUGUGCGACGUUAAAGCGCAGCUCCAACAGGAGCGCCGCGCCCUUUCUGACGGACAGAAAGAGCUCGAGCACGUUCAGCUGCAGCUAGCCAAACUCAAUAAAGACUUGAAGACUGUGCAGAGGCAGCGAGAGCAGGAGCAUCAACAGGCAAGCAAAUGUGCCGAUGCUGUUGCACGCACGUCUCGGUUGCUGCGGGCGGCCAGACGCCGCGGACCAAAGUAUGAGGAGGCAAUUGCACGAACACUAGACGAGAUUCACCAGAUUCGUCGCGGCCACGUCGCCGUUGCCGCCCCCCCUACGUCUCCGUCAGCCAUUUCAGUCGAUAUGGACGUGUCUUCUAUCAACGCAUCUGCCCAGCACCACGCGCACGUGUCCGUUGGGGUGGCAGUGCCGCCGACAUUGGCGCGAGAGUCGAAUCGAGCUGCCGCGGCUGCCAGAGCAGCAAAUGAAGGACAGCGGCUCUCGGUAUUCCUGCACGCGCUGGAGAAGCGCGUAGCGCGCGUGGAGCGUGAGAAUCGAAUGCUGCUGAGGAGUAUCGACAUCUUGAACCGUGGUGAUGCUUCAUCAGCGAGGCUUUAUCACGAGUUGGAGUCCCUUCGCUUUUUACGUGGCGUAUGA